GAAGUCAAAUGGAUUGAAUACCAGAAUAUGGUGAACUACCUCAUUCAGUGGAUUAGACACCAUGUGACCACAAUGUCUGAGAGAACAUUUCCUAAUAAUCCUGUGGAAUUAAAGGCACUUUAUAAUCAGUAUUUACAGUUUAAAGAAACAGAAAUUCCACCAAAAGAGACAGAAAAAUCAAAAAUUAAACGCCUAUAUAAGUUACUAGAGAUUUGGAUAGAAUUUGGACGUAUCAAACUACUGCAAGGUUAUCAUCCAAAUGACAUAGAGAAAGAGUGGGGAAAACUCAUUAUUGCCAUGCUUGAGAGGGAGAAGGCACUUCGCCCAGAAGUAGAAAGGUUGGAAAUGUUGCAGCAGAUUGCCCACCGAGUUCAAAGGGACAGUGUCAUCUGUGAAGACAAACUGAUACUUGCCCGAAAUGCUCUCCAGUCUGAUUCUAAAAGAUUAGAAUCAGGAGUGCAGUUUCAGAAUGAAGCAGAAAUUGCCGGGUAUAUACUUGAAUGUGAGAACCUUUUACGCCAGCAUGUAAUUGAUGUACAGAUUCUCAUUGAUGGAAAGUACUACCAGGCAGAUCAGUUGGUACAGAGGGUUGCAAAGCUGCGUGAUGAAAUUAUGGCCUUAAGGAAUGAAUGUUCCUCCGUGUACAGCAAAGGACGCAUGCUGACAGCAGAACAGACGAAACUUAUGAUAUCAGGAAUUACUCAAAGUUUAAACUCAGGAUUUGCACAGACCUUAAACCCCAGUCUGAACUCAGGGCUGACCCAGGGUUUAACGCCUUCCCUGACCCCUUCUAGUGUGACCUCAGGCCUGUCAUCAGGUCUGACUUCCCGCCUGACUCCAUCUGUCACUCCGGCUUAUACACCUGGUUUCCCAUCAGGGGGAUUAGUUCCAAGUUUCAGCUCAGGAGUAGAGACUAAUUCAUUGCAAACUCUGAAGUUGAUGCAGAUCCGAAAGCCCCUUCUGAAGUCUUCUUUGCUGGAUCAGAAUUUAACAGAAGAGGAAAUCAACAUGAAAUUUGUUCAGGAUCUUUUGAAUUGGGUUGAUGAGAUGCAGGUGCAGCUGGACCGCACUGAGUGGGGAUCAGAUUUGCCAAGUGUUGAAAGCCAUUUAGAAAAUCAUAAAAAUGUUCACCGAGCUAUUGAAGAAUUUGAAUCUAGCCUUAAAGAAGCUAAAAUCAGUGAGAUUCAAAUGACAGCACCUCUGAAAUUAACUUAUGCCGAAAAGUUACACCGAUUAGAGAGUCAGUAUGCAAAACUCUUGAAUACAUCCCGGAAUCAGGAACGGAACCUUGAUACACUCCAUAAUUUUGUAACUCGUGCAACUAAUGAACUUAUUUGGUUGAAUGAAAAAGAAGAGGAGGAAGUCGCUUAUGACUGGAGCGAAAGAAAUACCAACAUAGCUCGGAAAAAAGAUUACCACGCUGAAUUAAUGAGAGAACUAGAUCAAAAGGAAGAAAAUAUUAAGUCAGUUCAGGAGAUUGCAGAGCAGCUACUUUUGGAAAAUCAUCCAGCCCGACUGACAAUCGAGGCCUACCGAGCGGCGAUGCAGACGCAGUGGAGCUGGGUCCUACAGCUGUGCGAGUGUGUGGAGCAGCACAUAAAGGAAAACACCGCCUAUUUCGAGUUUUUCAAUGAUGCCAAAGAAGCUACUGAUUACUUAAGGAAUCUAAAGGAUGCCAUUCAGCGGAAGUACAGCUGUGAUCGAUCAAGCAGCAUUCACAAGCUGGAAGACCUUGUUCAGGAGUCAAUGGAAGAGAAAGAAGAACUUUUGCAGUAUAAAAGCACAGUAGCAAGCCUGAUGGGGAGAGCAAAAACAAUAAUUCAGCUGAAGCCAAGGAAUCCUGACUGUCCACUCAAAACUUCUAUUCCGAUCAAAGCUAUCUGUGACUACAGACAAAUUGAGAUAACCAUUUACAAAGACGAUGAAUGUGUUUUGGCCAACAACUCUCAUCGUGCUAAAUGGAAGGUCAUUAGCCCUACUGGGAAUGAGGCUAUGGUCCCAUCUGUGUGCUUCACAGUUCCUCCACCAAACAAAGAAGCGGUAGACUUUGCAAACAGAAUUGAGCAACAGUAUCAGAAUGUCCUGACUCUUUGGCAUGAGUCUCACAUAAACAUGAAGAGUGUCGUGUCCUGGCAUUAUCUCAUCAAUGAAAUUGACAGAAUUCGAGCUAGCAGUGUGGCUUCAAUAAAGACAAUGUUACCUGGUGAACAUCAGCAAGUUCUGAGUAACCUACAAUCUCGUUUUGAAGAUUUCCUGGAAGAUAGCCAGGAAUCCCAAAUAUUCUCGGGCUCAGAUAUAACACAACUGGAGAAGGAGGUUAAUGUAUGUAAGCAGUAUUAUCAAGAACUUCUUAAAUCAGCAGAAAGAGAAGAGCAAGAGGAAUCCGUGUAUAAUCUCUACAUCUCUGAAGUUCGAAACAUUAGACUUCGGUUAGAGAGUUGUGAAGAUCGGUUGAUUAGACAGAUUCGCACUCCGCUGGAAAGAGAUGAUUUGCAUGAAAGUGUGUUCAGAAUCACGGAGCAGGAGAAACUAAAGAAAGAACUGGAGCGACUUAAAGAGGAUUUGGGAACAAUCACAAAUAAAUGUGAAGAAUUUUUCAGUCAAGCAGGAACCUCUGCAUCAGUUCCCACCUUACGAUCUGAGCUCGGUGUGGUCAUUCAGAACAUGAACCAAGUCUAUUCGAUGUCUUCUACUUACAUAGAGAAACUGAAAACUGUUAAUUUGGUGUUAAAAAACACUCAGGCAGCAGAAGCCCUUGUAAAACUCUAUGAAACUAAACUGUGUGAAGAAGAAGCAGUUAUAGCUGACAAGAAUAAUAUUGAGAAUCUAAUAAGUACUUUAAAGCAAUGGAGAUCUGAAGUAGAUGAAAAGAGAGAGGUAUUCCAUGCAUUAGAGGAUGAGUUGCAAAAAGCUAAAGCCAUCAGUGAUGAAAUGUUUAAAACAUAUAAAGAACGGGACCUUGAUUUUGACUGGCACAAAGAAAAAGCAGAUCAAUUAGUUGAAAGGUGGCAAAAUAUUCAUGUUCAGAUUGAUAACAGGUUACGGGACUUAGAAGGCAUUGGCAAAUCAUUGAAGUACUACAGAGAUACUUAUCACCCUUUAGAUGAUUGGAUUCAGCAAGUUGAAACGACCCAGAGAAAGAUUCAGGAAAAUCAGCCUGAAAAUAGUAAAACUCUAGCCACACAGUUGAAUCAGCAGAAGAUGCUGGUGUCCGAAAUAGAAAUGAAACAAAGCAAAAUGGAUGAGUGUCAAAAAUAUGCAGAACAGUACUCAACUACAGUGAAGGACUAUGAAUUACAAACAAUGACCUACCGGGCCAUGGUAGAUUCACAGCAGAAAUCUCCUGUGAAACGCCGAAGAAUGCAGAGCUCAGCAGAUCUCAUUAUUCAAGAGUUCAUGGACCUAAGGACCCGAUACACUGCUCUGGUCACCCUCAUGACACAAUAUAUUAAAUUUGCUGGUGAUUCAUUAAAGAGGCUGGAAGAAGAGGAGAAGUCACUGGAAGAAGAAAAGAAAGAGCAUGUUGAAAAAGCCAAAGAAUUACAGAAAUGGGUAUCAAAUAUCAGCAAGACAUUGAGAGAUGGCGAGAAGGCUGGAAAAUCUCCCUUCUCGAAGCAAAAGAUUUCCAGUGAAGAAAUAUCAACCAAGAAGGAGCAAUUAUCUGAAGCACUUCAAACCAUGCAGCUAUUUUUGGCAAAACAUGGAGACAAAAUGACAGAUGAAGAAAGAAAUGAAUUAGAAAAACAAGUGAAAUCUCUUCAAGAAAGUUAUAAUUCCUUCUUUAGUGAAUCUCUGAAACAACUACAAGAAUCACAAACCUUAGGAGAUAUAAAGGUAGAGGAGAAGAUUGUGGCAGAGCGUCAACAGGAGUACAAAGAGAAACUCCAAGGAAUAUGCGACCUCCUCACCCAAACUGAAAACCGCCUCAUUGGCCACCAAGAAGCCUUUGUGAUUGGAGAUGGCACAGUUGAGUUGAAGAAGUAUCAGUCCAAGCAGGAGGAAUUACAGAAAGAUAUGCAAGGAAGUGCACAGGCUUUGGCAGAAAUAGUGAAAAAUACAGAGAACUUCUUAAAAGAGAAUGGCGAAAAGCUGUCACGAGAAGAUAAAGCUUUGAUUGAGCAAAAACUUAACGAAGCCAAGUUAAAGUGUGAACAGCUUAAUCUAAAGGCAGAACAGUCCAAAAAGGAGCUGGAUAAAGUUGUGACAACAGCAAUCAAAGAAGAAACUGAAAAGGUUGCGGCUGCAAAGCAGCUGGAAGAGAGCAAAACCAAAAUAGAAAACCUUUUGGACUGGCUGUCCAGUGUGGACGAAGACUCCGCCAGGGCAGGGGUAAAGCAGAGACAGGUAAUCGAACAGAACGGGACCCAUUUUCAAGAAGGCGAUGGCACGUCAGUAAUGGGAGCGGAGGAUGAAGUUAAUGGUAACCUGUUGGAAACUGAUGUUGAUGGACCAGUUGGAACCACUGAGGAGAAUCUGAACCAGCAGUACCAGAAAGUUAAGGCCCGACACGAGAAGAUCGUCUCUCAGCACCAGGCCGUCCUUAUGGCCACGCAGGCUGCACAAGCCUUGCUCGACAAACAGGGCCACUAUCUGUCUCCCGAGGAGCAGGAGAAACUGCAGAGAAACGUGAAGGAACUGAAAGCACACUACGAAACCACGCUGGCCGAGUCGGAGAAGAAGAUGAAGUUAACGCGCUCUCUGCAGGAGGAAUUAGAGAAGUUCGACGCCGACUACAGCGAGUUCGAGCACUGGCUGCAGCAGUCAGAACAAGAACUGGAAAACCUGGAAGCAGGCGCAGAUGACCUCGGUGGCUUGAUGGCCAAACUGAAGCGGCAGAAGAGUUUCUCAGAGGAUGUCAUUUCUCACAAAGGGGACUUGAGGUACAUCACCAUUUCUGGAAACAGAGUGUUAGAAGCGGCCAAAUCUUGCAGCAGGAGAAGCGGCAAGACUGCGCAGGAUCACAUCGAUACUUCUGCGACCCACAGAGAAGUCCAGGGCAAACUGGAUCAUGCCACCGAUCGGUUCCGGUCUCUCUACUCGAAGUGCAGUGUCCUUGGGAAUAAUCUUAAAGACCUGGUGGAUAAAUAUCAACACUAUGAAGAUGCUUCAUGUGGACUUCUUUCAGGGCUCCAGGCCUGUGCGGUCACAGCGAGCAAACACUUAUCUGAACCCAUCGCUGUGGACCCUAAAAACCUGCAAAGGCAAUUAGAAGAGACCAAGGCUCUGCAAGGACAGAUAUCAAGUCAGCAGGUUGCUGUAGAGAAACUGAAAAAAAUGGCUGAAGUGCUUUUAGAUGCCAGAGGAUCUCUACUUCCAGCCAAGAAUGAUAUCCAGAAAACACUGGAUGACAUUGUUGGGAGAUAUGAUGAUCUGUCCAAGUCUGUUAAUGAACGAAAUGAAAAACUGCAAAUAACCUUGACCCGCUCACUGAGUGUGCAGGAUGGCCUGGAUGAAAUGCUGGACUGGAUGGGAAGUGUGGAAAGUUCUCUGAAAGAGCAAGGUCAAGUGCCCUUAAACUCUGCCGCUCUUCAGGAUGUGAUCAGUAAAAACAUUAUGUUGGAACAGGAUAUUGCAGGUCGUCAGAGCAGUAUAAAUGCCAUGAAUGAAAAACUGAAGAAAUUCAUGGAAACCACGGAUCCAUCGACUGCAUCCUCACUGCAAGCCAAGAUGAAGGACUUGUCUGUCCGCUUUUCAGAAGCAAGUCGUAAACACAAAGAAAAACUUGCCAAAAUGGAGGAGCUAAAAACCAAAGUAGAACUCUUUGAGAACCUCUCAGAAAAGCUCCAGACAUUUUUAGAAACAAAAACUCAGGCUCUCACUGAGGCAGAUGUGCCAGGAAAAGAUGUUACUGAAUUGUCUCAGUACAUGCAGGAAUCAACUUCUGAAUUCUUAGAACACAAGAAAGAUCUUGAAGUUUUACACAGUGUUUUGAAGGAGAUAUCCAGCCAUGGCUUGCCAGGUGAUAAGGCUCUGGUUUUUGAAAAAACAAAUAAUUUGUCAAAGAAGUUCAAGGAAAUGGAGGAUACCAUCAAAGAAAAAAAAGAAGCCGUAUCUUCUUGUCAAGAACAGAUGGAUGCUUUCCAAGUCCUUGUUAAGUCAUUGAAAUCAUGGAUAAAAGAAACAACGGAAAGAGUUCCCAUUGUGCAGCCUUCUUUUGGUGCAGAAGAUUUAGGAAAAUCUUUGGAAGAAACUAAGAAAUUACAAGAGAAGUGGAGUCUAAAAACACCAGAGAUUCAGAAAGUAAACAACAGUGGGAUCUCACUAUGUAACCUAAUCAGCGCUGUGACUACCCCCGCAAAGGCAAUAGCAGCAGUGAAAUCAGGUGGAGUAAUAUUAAAUGGUGAAGGAACAGCCACAGAUACUCAAGAUAUUUUGUCAAAUAAAGGAUUGACAUCCAUUAAAAAGGAUAUGACUGACAUAAGCCAUGGUUAUGAAGAUCUUGGCCUUUUACUUAAGGAUAAAAUAGCUGAACUGAAUACUAAACUCUCCAAAUUGCAAAAGGCUCAGGAAGAAUCCAGCACAAUGAUGCAGUGGCUCCAAAAGAUGAACAAGACUGCGGCCAAGUGGCACCAGGCACCGACUCCGACAGACACGGACGCUGUGAAGACUCAGGUGGAACAGAAUAAGGUAUAUUCUGCGGAUACAUUUACCGAAGACCUGAAAGGGAACAGACUAAAAGUGAUGAUAAUAUACUAUUCUAAGUGGCAAGAACUCAAUCAGUUAACAGUUGAUAGACAACAAAGACUGGAAGAAUCCUCUAAUAAUCUAACCCAGUUCCAGACUGUAGAAGCUCAGUUAAAACAGUGGCUUGUGGAAAAAGAACUGAUGGUCAGUGUUCUUGGGCCCUUGUCAAUUGACCCCAAUAUGCUAAACACACAGAGGCAGCAGGUGCAGAUUCUGCUGCAAGAAUUUGACACUCGGAAGCCUCAGUAUGAACAGCUAACAGCAGCCGGCCGGGGCAUUUUGAGCAGACCUGGGGAACACCCCUCUUUCCACGAGGUCGUGAAAGAGCAACUGGCAGCUGUGACCCAGAAGUGGGACAGCCUCACAGGACAACUGAGCGACAGAUGUGACUGGAUUGGCCAAGCCAUUGUUAAGAGCACACAGUACCAAAGCCUGCUGAGAAGCCUUUCUGAUAAACUGAGUGACUUGGAUAAUCAAGUCAGCAGCAGUGCGGCUGGGAGCACACACCCCGAGGCUAUGAACCAGCAGUUGGAAGCAGCCCAAAAAAUGAAGCAGGAACUAGAGCAGGAAAUGAAGCAGAUAAAAGUGGCCCAGGCCCUCUGUGAGGAUUUGUCAGCACUGGUGAAGGAAGAGUACUUGAAGGCAGAACUUAGUAGGCAACUAGAAGGCAUCUUAAAAUCAUUUAAGGAUGUUGAGCAAAAAGCAGAGAAUCACAUUCAGCACCUUCAGUCAGCCUGUGCGAGCUCUCACCAAUUUCAGCAAAUGUCCCGAGAUUUUCAGGUUUGGCUGGAUACAAAGAAAGAAGAGCAUAACCGUUCUCCCCCAAUAUCAGCCAAACUCGAUGUCUUGGAGUCAUUAAUUAAAGAUCAGAAAGACUUUAGUAAAACUCUGUCUGCUCAGUCUCAUAUUUAUGAAAAAACCAUUGCGGAAGGUGAAAAUCUCCUACUAAAAACACAAGGGUCUGAGAAGGCAGCCUUACAGUCCCAACUUAACACAAUUAAAACCAAUUGGGAUGGAUUUAAUAAGCAGGUGAAAGAACAGGAAGACAAGGUAAAAGAUUCACUGGAAAAAGCCCUCAAGUAUAAAGAGCAUGUAGAGAUUCUCCAGCCAUGGAUAGACAAAUGUCAGAAUAACCUGGGGGAAAUAAAAUUUUGCUUGGAUCCUGCUGAAACAGAGAAUGCUAUGGCCAAGUUAAAGUCUCUGCAGAAGGAAAUGAACCAACACUUGGGGAUGGUAGAACUGCUUAACAACGCAGCCAACAGCUUGCUCAGUGUCUGUGAGGUAGAUAAAGAGGUUGUCACGGAUGAGAAUAAAUCACUGAUCCAGAAAGUAGACAUGGUCACUGAACAACUUCACAGUAAGAAACUCUCUCUGGAGAACAUGGCCCAGAAGUUUAAGGAAUUUCAAGAAGUUUCCAAAGAAGCUAAAAGGCAGCUUAAGUGUGCAAAGGAACAGCUGGAUGUCCAUGACUCCUUAGGACCCCAGGCCUACAGUAACAAGUACCUGACUGUGUUGCAGACCCAGCAGAAGGCACUUCAGACCAUGAAGCAUCAGGUAGAUUUGGUCAAAGGACUUGCCCAGGACCUCGUGGUAGAAGCCUCAGACUCAAAGGGAACCUCUGAUAUUUUAUUACAAGCAGAAACCUUAGCUCAAGAACAUAGUGCACUGAAUCAGCUGGUUGAUGAAAGGUGUUCGUUCUUGGAAACCAAGCUUCAGGGCAUUGGGCAUUUCCAGAAUACCAUCCGAGAAAUGUUUUCUCAGUUUGCAGAGUUCGAUGACGAACUGGAUAGCAUGGCCCCAGUGGGGAGAGACGUAGAAACCUUGCAAAAGCAGAAGGAGGCAAUUAAAGCCUUUCUGAAGAAACUAGAAGCUCUCAUAGCCAGCAACGACAACGCUAAUAAAACCUGCAAGAUGAUGCUGGCCAUGGAAGAGACCUCGCCUGAUCUCGUUGGAAUCAAAAGGGACUUGGAAGCUUUAAGCAAACAAUGCAACAAGUUACUGGACCGAGCUCAAGCCCGAGAAGAGCAGGUUGAAGGGACAAUUGGACGUCUUGAAGAAUUCUACAGCAAACUGAAGGAAUUUUCUACUCUGCUUCAGAAGGCUGAAGAACAUGAAGAGUCUCAAGGCCCUGUUGGUAUGGAAACAGAGACAAUUAACCAACAGCUUGAUGUGUUCAAGGUAUUCCAAAAGGAAGAGAUUGAACCUUUGCAGGUUAAGCAGCAAGAUGUAAACUGGUUAGGUCAAGGCCUUAUUCAGAGUGCUGCUAAAAGCACCAGCACACAGGGUUUGGAGCAUGACCUGGACGAUGUCAAUGCACGCUGGAAGACUCUCAACAAGAAGGUGGCUCAGCGAGCAGCCCAGCUGCAGGAGGCCCUGCUGCACUGUGGGCGGUUCCAGGAUGCCCUGGAGUCCCUGCUCAGCUGGAUGGUGGACACCGAGGAGCUGAUGGCCAAUCAGAAGCCCCCGUCAGCCGAGUUCAAAGUGGUGAAGGCCCAGAUACAAGAGCAGAAGCUUCUCCAAAGAUUGUUGGACGACCGCAGAUCCACUGUGGACGUCAUCAAACGAGAAGGAGAAAAAAUUGCUGCAGCAGCAGAACCUGCGGAUAAAGUGAAGAUUUUGAAACAGCUGAGUCUCUUGGAUAGUAGAUGGGAGGCAUUGCUUAAUGAAGCUGAAACGAGGAAUCGUCAGUUGGAAGGUAUUUCGGUGGUAGCACAGCAAUUUCAUGAAGCCCUAGAACCAUUGAAUGAGUGGCUUACAACCAUAGAAAAGAGGCUGGCGAAUUGCGAGCCCAUAGGAACCCAGGCGUCUAAACUUGAGGAACAAAUUGCACAGCACAAAGCCUUAGAAGAUGACAUCAUCCAUCACAAUAAACAUUUACACCAGGCUGUUAGCACUGGCCAGUCCUUAAAGGUUUUGAGCUCCAGGGAGGAUAAAGAUAUGGUGCAAAAUAAAUUAGACUCCUCUCAAGUGUGGUACAUUGAGAUUCAAGAGAAAAGUCACAGCAGGUCUGAACUCCUCCAGCAGGCCUUAUGUAAUGCUAAGAUUUUUGGGGAAGAUGAAGUUGAGCUGAUGAAUUGGCUGAAUGAAGUGCAUGACAAACUGAGCAAGCUCUCAGUCCAGGAUUACAGCACUGAGGGGCUUUGGAAGCAGCAGUCUGAACUUCGGGUUCUGCAAGAGGACAUCCUACUCAGAAAACAAAAUGUAGAUCAGGCAUUACUAAAUGGUUUAGAACUACUAAAGCAAACAACAGGUGAUGAAGUUUUAAUAAUUCAAGAUAAAUUGGAAGCCAUUAAAGCAAGGUACAGAGACAUUACAAAAUUGAGCACGGAUGUAGCCAAGACUCUGGAACAGGCACUGCAGCUCGCGAGGCAGCUGCACUCCACACGGGAGGAGCUCCGUGCCUGGCUGGACAGAGUGGAGGUGGAAUUGCUUUCCUAUGAGGCUCAGGUCCUGACGGGAGAUGCGGCAAGCCAAGCACAAGCGAGACAGAAAGAACUGAAAAAGGAAGCUAAGAACAGCAAAGCCUUAUUGGACUCCCUUAACGAAGUGAGCAGUGCCCUACUGGAACUGGUACCAUGGAGGGCGAGGGAAGGACUUGAAAAAAUGGUGGCCGAGGACAACGAGCGCUACCGAUUAGUGAGCGACACCAUCACUCAAAAGGUGGAGGAGAUCGAUGCUGCCAUUCUGAGAUCCCAGCAGUUUGACCAAGCAGCUGAUGCCGAGUUAUCCUGGAUUACUGAAACCGAAAAGAAAUUGAUGUCUCUGGGUGACAUCAGGCUUGAGCAAGACCAGACCUCUGCUCAGCUGCAGCUUCAAAAGACAUUCACCAUGGAGAUUUUGAGACACAAGGAUAUUAUCGAUGAACUUGUUAAAUCUGGAUAUAAAAUCAUGGCCACAUGCAGUGAAGAGGAAAAGCAAUCAAUGAAGAAAAAACUAGACAAGGUGUUGAAGAACUAUGAUGCCAUCUGCCAGGUAAACUCAGAGAGGUAUCUACAGCUAGAACGGGCACAGUCCCUGGUUAGCCAGUUCUGGGAAACCUAUGAAGAACUUUGGCCAUGGCUGACAGAAACACAAAGAAUCAUCUCUCAGCUUCCUGCCCCAGCCCUUGAAUAUGAAACUCUAAGACAACAGCAGGAAGAGCAUCGGCAACUGCGAGAGUUGAUAGCCGAACACAAGCCUCAUAUAGAUAAGAUGAACAAAACUGGGCCACAGUUACUGGAAUUGAGCCCAGGCGAAGGCUUUUCUAUCCAAGAGAAGUACGUGGCAGCUGACACCCUUUACAGUCAAAUUAAAGAGGAUGUCAAAAAGCGAGCCGUGGCGUUGGAUGAAGCUAUUUCUCAAUCUACUCAGUUCCAUGACAAGAUAGACCAGAUCCUUGAGAGCCUGGAACGCAUCGUGGAGCGUUUGAGACAGCCACCUUCGAUCUCAGCUGAGGUGGAAAAGAUUAAGGAGCAGAUCAGUGAGAAUAAGAACGUGUCAGUAGACAUGGAGAAGCUACAGCCAUUGUAUGAAACUCUUAAAAAGCGCGGAGAGGAAAUGAUCGCAAGAUCUGAGGGCACUGACAAAGACAUAUCUGCCAAAGCUGUUCAGGAUAAGCUUGACCAAAUGGUUUUCAUUUGGGAGAAUAUACACACACUGGUGGAAGAAAGGGAAGCCAAACUACUGGAUGUAAUGGAAUUAGCAGAAAAGUUCUGGUGUGAUCACAUGUCAUUGGUAGUAACCACUAAAGAUACACAAGAUUUCAUCCGGGAUCUAGAGGAUCCUGGAAUUGAUCCCUCAGUAGUUAAACAGCAGCAAGAAGCAGCAGAGGCCAUCAAGGAAGAAAUAGAUGGACUACAGGAAGAGCUGGAUAUAGUUAUUAACCUGGGUUCUGAACUCAUUGCUGCGUGUGGGGAACCCGAUAAACCCAUUGUCAAGAAGAGCAUAGACGAGUUAAAUUCAGCCUGGGAUUCUCUAAAUAAGGCUUGGAAAGACCGGGUGGACAAACUGGAGGAGGCGAUGCAGGCUGCCGUCCAGUACCAGGACGGACUGCAGGCCAUAUUUGACUGGGUAGAUAUUGCGGGUGGUAAAUUAGCUUCAAUGUCACCAAUUGGAACAGAUCUUGAAACUGUCAAGCAGCAGAUUGAAGAGCUAAAGCAAUUUAAGUCAGAGGCCUACCAACAGCAGAUAGAAAUGGAGAGACUGAACCAUCAAGCAGAGCUUUUGCUGAAGAAAGUAACAGAAGAGAGUGACAAGCACACUGUUCAAGACCCGUUAAUGGAGCUGAAAUUGAUAUGGGAUAGUCUGGAUGAAAGAAUUAUCAACAGACAGCAUAAGCUGGAGGGGGCUCUGUUAGCCCUGGGCCAGUUCCAGCACGCCCUGGAUGAGCUGCUGACGUGGCUGACGCACACCGAGGGCCUGCUCAGUGAGCAGAAACCUGUAGGAGGAGACCCUAAGGCCAUUGAAAUUGAACUUGCCAAGCAUCAUGUGCUUCAAAAUGAUGUAUUAGCUCAUCAGUCCACAGUGGAAGCCGUUAAUAAAGCCGGAAAUGAUCUAAUUGAAUCAAGUGCAGGAGAAGAAGCAAGCAACCUUCAGAACAAGCUAGAGGUUUUAAAUCAACGCUGGCAAAAUGUUUUGGAAAAAACAGAACAAAGGAAGCAGCAGCUGGAUGGUGCCUUGCGCCAGGCCAAAGGGUUCCAUGGUGAGAUUGAGGAUUUGCAGCAAUGGCUAAGUGACACAGAGCGUCAUCUGUUAGCAUCCAAACCUCUGGGAGGUUUACCAGAGACAGCCAGGGAGCAGCUUAAUGCCCACAUGGAAAUCUGUGCUGCCUUUGAUGUUAAAGAAGAAACAUAUAAAAGUCUGAUGCAGAAAGGCCAGCAGAUGCUUGCAAGAUGCCCCAAAUCUGCAGAGACAAUUGACCAAGACUUAAGUAACUUGAAAGAAAAAUGGGAAUCGGUGGAAACCAAACUCAAUGAAAGGAAAACUAAACUGGAAGAGGCCCUCAACUUGGCAAUGGAGUUCCACAAUUCUCUCCAAGACUUCAUCAACUGGCUAACCCAGGCUGAACAGACCCUAAAUGUAGCUUCUCGGCCAAGUCUUAUCUUAGACACAGUCUUGUUUCAAAUCGAUGAACACAAGGUCUUUGCCAAUGAAGUAAAUUCUCACCGUGAGCAGAUAAUAGAGCUGGACAAAACCGGAACCCACCUGAAAUAUUUCAGUCAGAAACAAGAUGUUGUCCUAAUUAAGAAUCUAUUGAUAAGUGUCCAGAGUCGGUGGGAAAAAGUGGUUCAACGGUUAGUAGAAAGAGGAAGAUCUUUGGAUGAAGCAAGGAAGAGAGCCAAGCAGUUCCAUGAAGCUUGGAGUAAACUUAUGGAAUGGCUAGAAGAAUCAGAAAAAUCUUUGGAUUCUGAACUGGAAAUCGCCAAUGAUCCAGACAAGAUAAAAACACAACUUGCACAGCAUAAGGAGUUUCAGAAAUCACUUGGAGCCAAGCAUUCUGUCUAUGACACCACCAACAGAACUGGACGUUCUCUGAAGGAGAAAACCUCCUUGGCUGAUGACAACCUUAAACUGGAUGACAUGCUGAGUGAACUCAGAGACAAAUGGGAUACUAUCUGUGGAAAAUCUGUGGAAAGACAAAACAAAUUGGAGGAAGCCCUGUUAUUUUCUGGACAAUUCACAGAUGCCUUGCAGGCCCUCAUUGAUUGGCUGUAUAGAGUUGAACCCCAGCUGGCAGAAGACCAACCUGUCCACGGAGACAUUGAUUUGGUGAUGAAUCUGAUCGAUAAUCACAAGGUUUUCCAAAAAGAACUGGGGAAGAGGACCAGCAGCGUGCAGGCCCUGAAGCGCUCGGCACGAGAGCUCAUAGAGGGUAGCCGAGACGACUCCUCCUGGGUCAAGGUCCAGAUGCAGGAAUUGAGCACACGCUGGGAGACCGUGUGUGCACUCUCCAUAUCAAAGCAGACACGCUUGGAAGCAGCCCUGCGUCAGGCAGAGGAAUUUCACUCAGUGGUGCAUGCCCUGCUGGAGUGGCUGGCUGAGGCGGAGCAAACCCUUCGUUUCCAUGGUGCUCUCCCAGACGACGAGGAUGCUCUUCGGACGCUCAUUGAUCAGCAUAAAGAAUUCAUGAAGAAACUGGAAGAAAAACGGGCCGCGCUGAAUAAAGCUACCAGUAUGGGAGACGCCGUCCUGGCCAUCUGCCACCCUGACUCCAUCACCACCAUUAAGCACUGGAUAACCAUCAUCCGGGCCAGGUUUGAGGAGGUGCUGGCCUGGGCGAAGCAGCAUCAGCAGAGAUUGGCAAGUGCUCUGGCUGGGCUCAUUGCGAAACAGGAAUUGUUGGAAGCUUUGCUGGCUUGGUUGCAGUGGGCCGAGACUACACUUAGUGACAAGGACAAAGAAGUCAUCCCCCAGGAAAUCGAAGAGGUGAAAGCCCUCAUCGCAGAACACCAGACCUUCAUGGAGGAAAUGACCAGAAAACAACCUGAUGUGGACAAAGUUACCAAGACCUACAAGAGGAGAGCGGCUGAUCCUUCCUCAUUACAGUCCCAUAUUCCAGUCCUGGAUAAGGGACGAGCAGGAAGAAAGCGCUUUCCGGCAUCAAGCUUAUAUCCCUCUGGAUCACAGACACAAAUUGAAACCAAGAAUCCCAGGGUCAACUUAUUGGUGAGCAAAUGGCAGCAAGUUUGGCUCCUUGCGUUGGAAAGGAGGAGAAAGCUUAAUGACGCCUUGGACAGACUGGAGGAGCUGAGGGAAUUUGCUAACUUUGAUUUUGAUAUCUGGCGCAAAAAAUACAUGAGGUGGAUGAAUCAUAAGAAAUCUCGAGUGAUGGACUUCUUCAGGAGAAUUGAUAAAGAUCAGGACGGGAAAAUAACCCGACAAGAAUUUAUUGAUGGAAUUCUUUCCUCAAAGUUUCCAACCAGCCGCUUGGAGAUGAGCGCGGUGGCAGACAUCUUUGACCGAGACGGCGACGGGUAUAUUGACUACUACGAAUUUGUAGCAGCCCUUCACCCAAAUAAAGACGCCUAUAAACCCGUCACUGAUGCCGACAAAAUCGAAGAUGAGGUGACAAGGCAGGUAGCGAAAUGUAAAUGUGCAAAACGAUUUCAAGUUGAACAGAUUGGAGACAACAAAUACAGGUUCUUCCUGGGAAAUCAGUUUGGAGACUCCCAGCAACUGCGACUCGUUCGGAUCCUACGAAGUACCGUAAUGGUUCGUGUUGGAGGUGGAUGGAUGGCACUUGAUGAGUUCUUAGUGAAAAAUGAUCCUUGCAGGGCUAAAGGAAGGACAAACAUGGAGCUUCGGGAGAAGUUCAUUUUAGCAGAUGGUGCCAGUCAGGGUAUGGCUGCCUUCCGACCCCGGGGCCGAAGAUCGCGGCCUUCAUCACGAGGAGCGUCACCCAACCGAUCAACUUCUGUAUCCAGUCAGGCUGGCCAGGCAGCCUCUCCACAGGGGCCCGCCACCAGCACGCCCAAGAUUCUCCAUCCUUUAACACGCAAUUAUGGUAAACCAUGGUUGACAAACAGCAAAAUGUCAACUCCUUGUAAACCAGCAGAGUGCUCAGACUUUUCCGUGCCAUCUGCAGAGGGUACGCCAAUCCAAGGAAGCAAGCUUCGACUCCCCGGCUACUUGUCAGGGAAAGGCUUCCACUCUGGGGACGACAGUGGCUUGAUAACCACCGCGGCGGCCAGAGUGCGAACACAGUUUGCAGAUCCCAGGAAGACCCCCAGCCGUCCGGGAAGCCGAGCCGGAAGCAAGGCCGGCAGCAGGGCCAGCAGCCGCCGAGGCAGUGAUGCAUCAGACUUUGACAUUUCAGAAAUCCAGUCCGUGUGCUCAGACGUGGAGACUGUCCCCCAGACACACAGGCCUACCCCCCGAGCAGGUUCUCGGCCAUCCACAGCCAAGCCUUCCAAAAUCCCCACGCCCCAGAGGAAAUCACCUGCCAGCAAACUGGACAAGUCCUCCAAGAGAUAGUGCAAUUGGUCCCACCGCGGCCCUUCCUUGAGCAUUUAUUAUUGAAGUUUGAAAGAUGUAAAAUAUGAUGUAGAAAUUAUUGUGAAAUAAUUGCAAGAAGUGAGUUUAAAAUUCUGCAGAUGGCCUUAUUUGUGUAUUUGUCUUUUUAUUUUAUCUGUAUGGUUUUUUGUCAGAUACUCUGGGGUUAGAGGCACGUGGUCUGUGAGGGGGGAGGAAGGCGUUACGCCGGCACGAACACUUCUGCACCGUAGCGUGCGGGGCACACAUUAGGGUCCGUGACCGUCCCUGCAGGUAAGUGCCCCCAGCCCGCUCUGUCCGCCACGGCGGUCCAGCCGCGGCCCAUGUCACGGAUACCUCAUGACCUCUUCCUGCUUCCGUAGAAACUCUGAAAAGCCAAAAGACACACAGCCGGGAUGUAUUUUGAGAUGACUUAACUGUAAACUAAAAGACGGAGGGCAGACAGCACGUCCACACACAGUCCUCUGAGCAGUAGCUGACCGAGAGCUCACAGGAAGUUCCUUUAGGCACUGGCCAGUGCUCGGAUGUUCCAGAACCUGGCAGCAUUUCUGUGCCGCGGCUUCCCGAGAGGCCAGAGGCGUCCUGGAUUAUUAGACCUAUUAUACUGUAAGAAUAUAAUUAUAAAGAGCAUUCAUAUAAAUGUGAGGUUUUCUUUUGCUUGAGUGGACGGUAGCACCUGUAUCAUUGAACUCAUUUUGUAUCAAAGCAAUUUUGCUUGCAGAAAGCUAUGAAAUAAAACAUGUCCCCUAACUACAUUGCUAUGGAAUUAAUUUUUUUCCCCAGGGAAAAUCCGUGUAUUUUUUUAUGAGCAAUAUCAAUUUGGAGUGACCAAAAGAUACUUACAAAUGGGUUUAUUUUGAUUUCUCAUCUGAAAUAAUCAUGUUCUGGUAUUAUAUCUAUAUUUAAUAAAUAUAUACAUUUUAAUUUAUUAUGUAUACUCACAUACUAUAGAAAGAUAUUAGUAUGCAUUUAAUAAAACAUACUCACUUGAA